UACGUGACGUGUGUGGUUAAGAGUUACUAUAAAAUUGGAACAACAACAAUAAUGUCAGCUGACUGAGGGUUGACGGAUAUACGAUGAUGAAAGAGACGGUGAGGAUGAGUAGGUGGUAAUCAGGCACCCAAUGAUCUUACAAAGAUGGCAGCAUACGAAGAGCUUGAUAACGGGAUCCUGCAUGGCCAAAGGGAACAUAUACAUAUCACACGGCCAUACUACACUGAAGAAGAGUUUAAACUUAACUAUGAAGAGACGAAGCUGCAAGAACAAGCGUUUAAAGAGGUUGUAAAACGAAAGGUCACAAACUGUUCCUGCUCAAAAGAAUCUAUUAAAAAAGCGACUAUAUCGUUCUUUCCUAUCAUAACAUGGCUUGGCAGUUACGAUGUACGAAAAAGCUUACUAGGCGAUACUAUUUCUGGAUUUACUGUCGGGGUUUUACGAAUUCCACAAGGUCUGGCCUAUGCAUUUCUAGCUUCUCUACCACCAGUGUAUGGCUUGUAUAUAAAUUUCUUUCCUGUCAUAUUAUAUGCCUUAAUGGGUACUUCAAGGCAUAUAUCAGUAGGUGUGUUUGCUGUCGUGAGUAUUAUGACUGGGAUAGCCAUCGAUUCCGUUGUAGAAGGUAGAAGAACGGAACUGUCGUUAAUAGAGAAUGGUACAGUUGGUUUCGAUGAAGAAGAGGAAAAGAAAAAAGUGGCUAUGCUUCUCUGCUUUUUAGUAGGCUUAAUCCAGUUCAUUUUAGGAUUUUUUCAACUUGGGUUUAUCAGCGUGUAUCUGUCCGAACCCGUGGUUCGUGGAUUUACGACAGGGGCAGGAAUGCACGUGUUCACUUCUCAAUUUAAACAUCUCUUUGGUAUUAAAGUCAGUACGUACUUUGGACCAUUUGCACUUAUUAAGAGUUAUAAGGAAUUAUUUUCUGAAUUAAAUACUACAAAUACCGCAACUCUAAUCAUGGCUAUCAGUUCGAUUACUGCUCUGGUUGCUGUUAAAGAGAUACAAGACAGAUACAAAGACAAGAUCAAGUUUCCCAUACCAAUGGAAUUAAUUGUGAUCAUUGUUGGAACUCUGGUGUCCGGCUUUGUAAAGUUAAACACUAAGUAUGACGUUAGCAUUGUUGGUGAAAUACCUACUGGACUGCCUGCCCCGCAGAUGGUCGACUUCUCAUACAUCUCAUCAUUGUUAGGCAGCUCUUUUGCUAUUUCUAUGGUUGCUUUCUGUGGAACGCUCUCAAUGGCUAAAAUAUUUGCCAAGAAGCAUAAUUACGAAAUUGAAGCCAACCAGGAGCUGUUGGCUGGUGGUGUUACUGCCAUAGUUUCUUCGUUUUUCUCCUGCUUCCCACCGGGAUGUGUUCUCAUCUGGUCCGUUACCUUCCUAGCAGUAGUCCUACUCGGUGUUGAUUUAGGUCUUGGGGCUGGUGUAGCCUUUGCACUUAUAACAGUAGUUUUCAGAACACAGCGGCCGUAUUGUACCAAACUUGGCCGUAUACCACACACAGAUAUAUACAGAGAUGUUUACAAUUAUAAAGGUGCCAAAGAAAUUCCAGGGGUUGUGAUUUUCCGCUGUUCAUCCUCACUGUACUAUGCAAAUACAGAUUACUUCAGGGACUCUGUUUACGAAAUCUCCGGUGUUAACCCACGCAAAGUUCAAGCUUCUAGAGAAAAGGCACUGAGAAAAGAAGAAAAUGCAAAGCUGAAAGAAAAAAAGAAGGAAGAAAAACUGAGGAAACGAGAGAAAUACUCAACUGUUGCAAAAGAGGAAGGUGUGAUUGAAAUUCAAAGCCUGAAUAAUUCAUCAAAUGAAGACAAUAGCCUGGCAACCUCCAGCUUAACAAGUGAAGAAAGUUUAAAAUGCCAGACAAUUAUAAUUCAUUGUGGAACAUUUAACUUUAUUGACCUUAUGGGGGUUAAUACACUGAGAGAUCUAAUUGCCGAUUAUGAAAAAAUCAAUAUUAAAGUUGUCUUGGCAAAUUGUAAAGCUGGAAUAAGAAUGAUGCUGCAACGUUGCGGAUUCUUUGACACAGUUGGUCACGAUCAUCUCUAUGUUACUAUUCAUGAUGCUCUUAUACACUCUAUCUCUGGUGACCUUCUUGAUGUGAUCAGUCAAGAUAUGUACGACAGAAACAAUGAACCAGAACAAUUCAACGGGGGUGGCCAACUAACUCGUGUUUCAAGCAAUGUAUCGCAACCUUCCACUGAUGCACAUGUUAAAGUAUCAAGAGAGGGUGCUACAGUGCUGGAGAAUGAAGAUGAAACCAAUGUUUAAUUUACUUGCAAACAUCUCAGAUCAUGUGUUUGUGUUGGUUUUUUGUGUGUGGAAGUGUUGGUCUUAAUUUUGUCUUGUAUAAUAUGUAAGAACUAAUCUAAAUUUUAUUUAAUAACAAUUAUAGAUUUAUAUUUUAAUGGGGUUUUUUUGUUUUGGAUAUGUAAUGCAAUUAUAUGUCUAAUAUAAGGUAUAUUAUGGUAUGGGAUACUGGUAUAAUGCGAUACUUUUUCAAUAUACUAAUUUUUAGUAACAUGUAAAUAUUUUGUCUUCAAUAAAUACGAAUGGUGGUGCCAUAUAAACUAUUUUUUUUAAAAGAUAAAAUAUAAAUCAAAUAUAGAUACUGUAUUUUUUAAAUUGGUAAGAAUAAGAAUGCGUAUAUAUUGAAAAUGUUUGGUUGAAACAUAAUGAUUAAAUGAAUUAUUAAUUAUUUUAAAAACAGUUUGCUUAAUGUGUGCUACACACGUCUAUGUAUUCACCUAUAUUUUUUAACUUAAGCUUUGUUUCCAUACAAUCGCUACACAGGUUUGAUGAUGCUGAAUUGUCGGUCGAAACGGAGAGCCUUCUUGCAUCAGGGAUUGCUACCCAGUACAACAAUUGUACUGAAAACUGUAGCGAUAGCGUAGCGAUUUUACGGAAACUAAGCUCUAGUCGUGCUUAAUGUUUUGGUGAAUUUUAUGUCAACUGCAAUAAGUUCUGUUAAAAGAGUGUUUGAGUAUUUUAUAGUUUAAAUCCAGAUAUGUUUUAAUAUAUCAAUUCAUGUCAUCGUUGUUUUCUAUUGAUUUAUAUAUUGCAAGAACGUGCGUAGGAUAAAUGUACAGGUAGAAAUCAUGAAAAUUAUUACCUUUUCCAGCAGUUGUUUUCAAACUCAUAACCAAAUAUUGAUAAUAGAAACACAUCAUCAAGAUAUGCAAUAAUGUAUAGCUAUCUUGUCAAUUUUUAUUAAGACUGUGAGAAUUUACAUGUAUUUAGACAGCUGGUUGGGCCUUUCAGAUACUAAAGAGGCUUCAGUGGUUCUUCAAAUGUCGGAGUCGGUGGAGGUUCAUCGUAAAUUUUGGGAAAUUGUGCCUCAAGAUAUCUCUAAAGACCUUUGUAUUUAGGGGCACGAAUUCUGAAAUCGUAUAUGGAAUACCUUGAGAAAAAUGUGUCCUAAUGAAGAAAUACAAUGGUGUAUAAUUAUGACUCAUCCUCAUUGGCCAGUUGGUAAAUUAGAGUAUUAUCGGAAGGUCUUGGAUUAGAAUUCCAAAAGAUAAAUGUAAAAACUGGAUAAAAAAGAAAGAAAUGUGAACAACUCAUUCAAGAACUCAUUCCUCCCAAAAUGGUAAUUUUAUCUUUGAUUUAGCUGCAGUAGGGUAACUAUCAUUUGUUCACAUCGACGGGCCAGAUGGAGCAGUACAUCAGGCAAACGAUGCAGAGUCCUUAACCAGAGUGAAGAGUGAGAUUCAAGCUUGCGCCAAUGGGUUGUAGAUAUUGGCAUUCCUGUUGUACCACUUGACUAAACCUGAACUUACUCAAUCUUGGUCAGCUAAAAAAUAGUCUCUCAUUCAUUCAUACUGGACACAACGUUUCUUAACUGCGAUGAGCUGAUGAGAACCGGUGUUUCAAUUCUUUUAUUACAUGAUUUAUUUUAUGAUGUACAAAAUUGUGUAUGUUGUGUAAAGAAAUUAGGUUUUACCAAACCAGUGAAAAAGAACUUUCUCUUUUACUUAGGGAUGUAUAUGUGUGAGUCAGUAUGAAUAAGGUAAUUAUACCUCAAUUAUUUUAGUUAUUUUUAAAUUACAAACCAAUGAAAAAUUGUGAAAGCUUUAUUCCCCAGUCUUCCAUUCCGUGUACAGUAUAUAUGUAUAGUAAAUGUACUACGCUAGUCAAGUUGGGUCAGUACUCCAGAUCCACCAAAUAUAUGUGUGCUACACAUAUUUAAAAAGGAGACCUAGUAACUCUAUGGAUUGGUGCUUGAUAUGUGUUAAUGAAAUAAUAUGUCGUUGCCCGUUAUAAAAACAGUGAAAAAAAAGCAUGAAAUCAACUUAAAUUUCCAUGUAAAAUUUAAAAAUUAGCCAUUACCUUGAAAAUAGAUCCACUAAAAGAUUCUAUUAUUUUAGUAUAAUUGUCACAGUAUGAAAUGAUUGAUAUAAAUUGUGUCCAUAAUGACAGAAUGAAUGAGGAUUUAUAUUUCUUAUACCAGUAAUAAUAAAAAUAGUAUACAGUAAAAAAAAAAUGGUGCUGCCUUGUGGUACAACAUGUUACACUAAAAAAAAUUAUGUGAAAAAUACAUUGUGUGAAAUAAAUAUUACUCAGACACAGAUCAUAAAAAAAA